UUCCAUUGUUCACGUAUUCCAAGAUUCACGUGGUCAGAGGCAGAUGGCUCUAUAAGUUAAUGGUUGGAGCACUCACCUGGGAGAGGAGACCUGGCUCUUGGUCCCAGGAUUUUUCUAUAUUUUUAUCCAGGGACUGUUUAAUGUAAAAUGCAUAGGCAGUCCUAGGAGCAGGGAGAGGAACCCCGGACUUCCCCAGCCCAGCUAAAUACCCUUACUAGGGUCAGGCUUCAACAAGUGCUCUCUUUGGCCUCAGUAAUCUUCCACCCCUUUCUAAAAUGAGGCCAGCUUCAGUGGGAAGGCAGAGGGUGUCUCCUGCCUUACCCCCAGAUGAGCUUUAGCUUUGUGGGAGAUGGAAGUUGUGGGUUUCGAUCCAGGCUUAGGAAGACAUUGAACAUGGGAGAGCUUUUGCUAGAGCAUUGGUGAUCAAGUUACACACAUGCUCUAGCUUUCCUCGCCUUUAAGAUGCACACAACUCCCAUGCAGGUUGAUGACACCUGCUUCUAUCUUGCAACAAGGACAUUGGCCAGAUGGAGCAAUCCCUACAUAAAAGAAUGAAUGGACACAGCUCUGAUGUCAGUUCCAGAAAGACCAAAAAGCCCAUGGCAGAAAAUUAACCUCCCUUCAGAGGAAGGUUAAACAACAAAGAGUAAAAAACAGACUUGAAAAUGAAAUGUAGAACAAGGAAUCAUCCACAGACUGGAUUGUGUUAACUACUGAUGGGAGAUCAAAACAUUAUUACAGAAGUCCCUGCAGCUUUAAAACGCCUGGCCAAGUACAUGGUGCGUGGCUUCUAUGGGGCUGAGUACUCGUUGGUCCUUGAUGUGUUGAUCAGAUACCCGUGUGUGAAGGAAGAUGCCUUGUUGCAGCUACUCAAGUAUGAACGCAAACAGCUGCGCACCAUCCUCAACACACUCAAGGCAGAUAAGUUCAUCAAAUUGCGCAUGAGAGUUGAAACCGGGCCGAACGGGAAGAGUACAAGGCACAAUUACUACUACAUCAACUACAAGGUGUUGGUGGAUGUCGUGAGGUACAAACUGGAUCACAUUCGCCGGAAGAUAGAAGCAGACGAGCGGGAUUCUACCACUAGGUCCUCUUUCAAGUGUCCAUCUUGCUUCAACACUUAUACAGACCUGGAGAAACAUGGGUGUGGAAAGGCCCUUGGAAGUCAUCUAAUCCAAAUCCCUGCUCAAGAGACUUUUCGUUGCACCUACUGCAAUGCUGAAGUUGAGGAAGAUGGCUCGGCGCUUCCCAAACGAGAUGCUAGAACCUUGCUAGCAAAAUUCAAUGAGCAGAUUGAGCCUAUCUAUGCGCUUCUGCAGGAAACUGAAGAUGUUGUUCUGCCAUACGAUUUGCUUGAGCCUCCGCCAACAGAAAUCCCAGAACUAUCAGAAAGCUUUGAUCAGAAGAUCUAUUCAAAUGUGUUGGACAUCAAUAUCCGUCCCGAAAAAUGGGCCAACAAGAACUCGUGUCUCAGUGACAUGUAUGUCCAGAACUUAGUUAUUGAUGUCCAGGAUUCUGAACCUAAAAAAGAAAAAGAAAAGGUGGCCAAAGAACAACCUAUAUGGAUGUCCCAGAGUACUGUAGAAGAAGCGUCUUCAGCAGUUGAUACCAGUGCUGAAAUACCUAAAACUGAUGAGAAUGUUAAGGAAAGCAUCGCUGAUAAUGAAGUAAUAAAGACUCUUCUCAUCCAUGAAUCAAAGUCAUCUUCUGGAACAAGGCAGGUGCCACCUCUUGCCCAAAGCAAAUGCCACGAGUCAGAAAGUGACACCAGUGAAUCUGAGGAGGAUACUAAGCAUGUCAAACCAGGAAAAGGAAAAGUGGUAGGCAGUGACUUAGAACAAGAGGAGCAGGAAACUGUGGAUCCUACUGUAAUGGUAGCUGGACAGCCCCACUUAUAUAGCGAAGUCAGUGAAAAUCCAGAGCUAGUGUCAUUUAUGACAGGGGAAGAGAGAGAAGCUUAUAUCAAAGUGGGACAGGAAAUGUUCCAGUCUGUCUUUGAAUAGUCGUUUUAAUACUUUACAUGCACAGCAUAUCUGUGUAACAUACAAUCUGUGCAUGGAAAGAAUUUGGGUUUGUUUGGGGAUUUUUUUUUUGGUGAAUGUAGUAGAAUCUACAUCUAUUAUAAAUAGAUUUAUUUCUACAUAGCAAUGGAGAAAUGCUGCUGCUGCUUCUUAUUAUUGCUAUCUAGCAGAUGGUUUUGAGUGGCUUGUUUUUGGAUAGGUUUCAUAGUCAAAUUUGAAAACAUGUUUAAUUCAAGAUGCUGUAAAUCUAUUUAAUUUACUUUAAAACUUUGAAUCAUUCUGUCUCA